AUUUGUACAUUUUGAAAAUAAACAGCCACGAUUGUUAGCAGCAUUAAAUGAGUCUACAUAGCUGACAUGAGUGUCUUGAAAUCCUGUGUCUUUUUCUUCUUUCUGCUACAAACGUCAACACUCGGUGAUGACACAGUAGCAGAAGACAUCGGUGUCCAUCAGUUGGAACGAUUAGUGGAGCUGCUGACGUCUAAGCAGUGUGAGGACCUCCUGUCUGUCCUGUCUCACUCGGAGGAGAACAUUUUUGAGCAUCUUGAGCGCCUUUCACCAGAAAACAAUCAACUAGGUCUCCAGCCUCGAGCCAAGAGAGACAUUUCUUCUGCUUCAGAUAAUGAAGCCCAGUGCCAAACGGCCCUGAAAGACUGGCUGCUGAGGUACGGCGAGAAAACCUACUAUGACAGGCUUUCACGUGCCUUGCAGCACAUCGGCAGAACAGACAUCGCCAUUGAAAUGGGGAAGAACAUCAACCAGGACAAAGCUUUGAACCUGAAGCGCUACGUUGAAGAUUAUCACAAAUAUGUCAGCUCUUUAAACUUCCAGUCAGUAACAAAACACCACCAGUAUGGACACCAGAGGGUCAGAAAAAGAAAGGUUAGCGAUCUGACAUGGCGUGACCUGGAUCUGAUUGUGGAGCGGGCUCGUGUCCCUCUGUACCAGAAGGGGCCUUUGGACGUAGCUCUGCCGCUAUUGUACGGUCUUCUUUUGGGCUUUGGAGGCGCCUUGCUCGCAGCCACAUCUUUACUCUUCAUCACUGUGCACAUUUCUCGUAGAAGGUCGCAGAACUGCCAUUCCAGAGCCACCAUGAGCUGCAGCCAUAAAGUCAUGUGAUUUGAUCAAAAAGCUAUAAAAAAAAUUAUGUAAGUGCACAGAAAUAAAGGCUAAA